CCUUAAAGUGUAGUGGUUAUGUUAUCUUUUAUAUCGUAGAGUGAAUGUUUUUCCUUUGAUGAACCCGGACAGGAAGGCUUAAUAUUUACAGUUCAAAUUAACACUGUAUUUCCUUCUUCACACUUAUGGCUCAUAAUAUAAGAUGUUAUUAGUUUUAGAUGCAAGGUUCAUUUAUUAAUUUUCCAGUGGAUUUAAUACUUCUAGAACAUACUAAAUUUGGAAACGACUUAAUUUUGUAAAAUAUGUCUUUACGUUAACCUCGUCCAUGCUGUUUUACCAAUGGGGAUACUAAAUAGCUGUCUUUCCUCUGAAAACAAAGAUUACGAACAUGUAGAGAGGGCUGUUACCAGCGAGAAUAGGAACAUACGUGCACCCUUACCUUACGAAUUUGCAGAGACUGCAUGCACAGAAAGCCACGUAUCUGAAUCUACGGAAAAUAUAUUAAAGUUAUUAGAACCAAUCAUUAACAUUAUCAAAUCAUCUUCUCGACCAAAAGUGACACCAUUCAAAUUUAGACAUGGACGAAAAGGUGUAGUACGAAUAGCUAGUUGGAAUAUAGAACGAUUCGAUGAAGAAAAAGCUGAUAAUCCAGGAGUAAAAGAAGUUGUAUGUAUGACAAUUCUAGAAAAUGGAUUUAGUUUAAUAGCAUUUCAAGAGCUGGCUGAUAAAAAGGCCCUGGAAAAGAUUUGUGAAGAACUGAAUAAUCCAUCUUUAUCCUGCACAAGAAAUUGGUCAGGACAUCGUGGCGAGUGGCAGUAUUCAGUAUCAGAUGCUACUGGGAGGAUGUUUCGAAGUAUGGAGUACAAUGGUUUUUUAUAUGACACAGCAAGGGGGAUAACAUUAAAUCAUUCAGCGUUGCUGGAAAAACCAAAUAACUCACCUAAACCAUUUACUAGGGCACCAUUUAUUGGAACUUUUAAGAUUAAAAAAUUUGAUUGUAUAAUAGUGAGUGUACAUCUGAAAGCUACUGGUUUAGGUAAUGAAGACUUAGAAAGGCUUCAAAAGGAGAUAGAUAAAGUACCUGAAGUGAUAGAUGCCAUAGAAAAACAAUACCCUGGAGAGGAAGAUAUCAUUAUAUUAGGAGAUUUCAAUUUAGAUCCAAAAGAGGAAGAUUUUGAUAUUAUGAGGGAGAAAGGAUAUAGCAAUUGUGUCCCAAUUGAUGAGUUUACAAACAUCAGCAAUAGCAAUCCUGAAGGUAGCCAGAUUUAUGAUCAUAUAUGGAUAAGUAGCAGAACCAAUAAUUCAUUUUCAGGUAAUUCAGGUGUUAUAAGAGAAAAUCUAACAAGUCCAUUGAUACCCAACGGAUGGUCAUGGGGAGGUCUUGUCAGUGACCACUGUCCAGUUUGGACAGAGCUAUACACAGGGAAAGACUAUGACUCGGCAGAUCUGAGAAUUAUUCCAGAUACAAAUUUUAUUCUCACUGGUUGAUAUCAAACAUAAGAAACAAACAAAAUUUGUGUAAUAAAUGUCAAAUUACUUCCAAAAAAGUUGAAGACAAUUACUAGCUACAGUAAUGAUUAACACACCAUCUGCAUGAGUGAUUAUAUAUCAAAAUAUGCAUGCAUACAUUUAUCGAAAGGUGUACAUUUUAGUAUCAAAUAAGACUUGAAUAUAAAUCUAUAAUUUUUUUGCCAGAAUUAGUGAAUUAAAUAUAUAUUUGUUAUGUUAUAAGAACUAAUUAUAUAAUCAUAAUGUAUUUUAAAAUAAAUAAAAUUGUUACUUCAAAUGAAAAAAUAAAAAUGAAAACG